UCGAUUUUCAAGCAAACAGACGUUCUAAAAAUUUCUAUAUCUGAGUCGAACGCGUCGUGUUCUCCCAGUUCGUUAAAAACAUAUAUAUAUAUAUACUUAUAUAUAGAUAUUUUUAUGUGUAUUUCGGAACUUUAAUUUACCAUAUUGUCAUUCCAAAAGAUAUCGAAAAAUUCAGACAUAUCUCUUGGGAUGCAAAAUCGUUGAAAACAUUGAUUUUGGUGAUUGCGUAUAUUGACAAAUAAAAUAGAAAGAAGACGUUAUAACUCCAAAGAAGCCACUUCUGCAGACUUGUUAAGGAUUUACAGUCGCAAUAGAUUUUCUUAAGUGUGCCAUCGCGAUGGCUGCACCAGCAGCCUGUACGCGUUUUUCGGACAAUUACGACAUCAAAGAAGAGCUCGGAAAAGGGGCAUUCUCAAUAGUAAAAAGAUGUGUCCAAAAAUCCACUGGAUUUGAAUUUGCUGCAAAAAUUAUAAAUACAAAGAAAUUGACCGCAAGAGACUUUCAAAAACUGGAACGGGAAGCAAGGAUCUGCAGAAAACUACACCAUCCUAAUAUAGUUCGAUUGCAUGACAGUAUACAGGAGGAAAACUAUCACUACCUUGUUUUUGAUCUUGUAACUGGUGGUGAACUUUUCGAAGAUAUUGUUGCACGCGAAUUUUAUUCAGAGGCUGAUGCAUCACAUUGUAUUCAACAAAUAUUGGAAUCGGUCAAUCACUGCCACCAAAAUGGUGUGGUGCAUCGAGAUCUAAAACCAGAGAAUUUACUAUUAGCUAGUAAGGCAAAGGGUGCAGCAGUGAAACUCGCUGACUUUGGUCUAGCCAUUGAAGUUCAAGGCGAUCAUCAGGCUUGGUUUGGAUUUGCUGGCACUCCAGGAUAUCUGUCGCCAGAGGUAUUGAAAAAGGAGCCUUAUGGCAAAUCAGUAGAUAUAUGGGCAUGUGGAGUUAUUCUUUACAUUCUUCUUGUCGGCUAUCCACCAUUCUGGGAUGAAGAUCAACACCGAUUAUACUCGCAGAUUAAGGCAGGAGCUUAUGAUUACCCAUCACCAGAAUGGGAUACGGUCACACCAGAAGCGAAAAACCUUAUUAAUCAAAUGCUAACGGUAAAUCCAAAUAAACGAAUAACAGCUUCCGAGGCUUUAAAACACCCAUGGAUUUGUCAAAGAGAACGUGUUGCUUCCGUUGUGCACCGCCAAGAAACCGUAGACUGUCUGAAGAAGUUUAAUGCACGCCGCAAACUAAAGGGAGCAAUACUUACGACAAUGUUGGCCACCAGAAAUUUUUCGAGCAGAAGUAUGAUUACCAAAAAAGGCGAUGGAUCUCAAGUUAAGGAGUCUACUGAUUCUUCAAGUACCACCCUUGAAGACGAUGAUAUAAAAGCUUUGAGUCUUCUGCAUUUGGAUUGAAACUUGAAUGCAACAAUAUAUCAUAAUGAUAUAAUCCUAGGUAUAAGGAACUUAAGUAUGUGUAAUACAAUUUUAUAAGUCGUUUUUUGAGUCAGCCGAGUAGUAAACAGUUAAUAAUGUAGUUAUAUUAUGAAAACCAUUUUAAAUCAAGGGAACAGUAAAACAAUUUUGUACAACUAAAGGGAAAACUUUUUAAAACUGAAAAAGGAUUAAGUCCUUUUGGAUUUUUUAAACGUUUAGCUAAACUCUUUGCAUAAAUAGGCUUCGGAGAUUCUUAUUUUUACAUUUUGAGUUAUAUUUAUCUAAAAAAUAUUUAUCUAAAAAAAUCAUAUGGGAUUAUUAUUAACAUUUACGGUCAUCUAUUUAAGAUUCCACGUAUUUUUUUAGUCUAAUAACGGAAACUUAAAUCCCUAAAACCACAAACCGAAAAUAUGAUAUAUAGAUCCAUAUCGCUGUUACCGCUAUAUUAUUAACUUAUUUGUACUUAAACAGAUCUUUAGAAAACCACAUUUUUUUUUUCUACUUUGACGUAUUUGACUAACCGUGUGGAUCAACUUGCGAUAGCAACCUUUGCAAAAUAUCUAAAUUACUAUUUUUAUAAAUAAAAUCCCAACAACAGUUUAUAUUUUAGAAUGAUGUACAUAUAUCACAAUUUAUGAAUAGAAAAAGAUCGUUUACUGUACAAGAUAUGUGACGUCACAAUGUAGCUGCUAUAUAAAUUAUACGACCGAUAUAGUGAAAAACAUUAAUUUAAAAAUCUCUUGAACAGAAAUGCCUUCGAAUAUAGCUUGAAAUAUAUACAUUUUUAAUACAAACUAAUUUUUUUUAGUUUAACUAAAUAAAAAAACCUACUAAGAGCUAAGGGCAACAGUAGAAAAACUAAUUUUAAAAAUAUGUAUAAUGUCUUGUCGUUUAAUAAAUUAUACUUAUAAUUGUUAUACAAAAUGAGAUACAUCCUCAAUCCGGGACUAUAAUAUGUUUGUUUCGUAGCAUUGUUUUUUACUAUGUAUGUGCGCAUGUAUCUAAAGGACCUUCACUUUUACAAAAUACAAAUAUAUGGAGAAUUACCUGCUAAGGGAUCAGAAAUUGUUGUAAUUUUAAUUUUAUAUACAUAUAACACUGGUUAUAGCAUUGCAGAGGGUUUCAUAAUUUUUUUUUUUUAUUUUGACAUGCCAGUCUGUUCGUCUGUCUGAUAUUACGGAAACUAGUCUCUCAGUUUAUAACUAGCUAAGUCCCUAGUAUAUAAACCUAAAGACUGGGAUCGGACGACUAUGUAAUAUAGCUGUAAUAGGAAAGACCUACAAUCUAUAUAAAGAAUUUAAAUAUCUAAAUAUAAGAAACUUUACAAAAUUUGGAAUGCACGCUUCCACGCUAUAAGCCGCAAAACUCUAAAACUCUGGCAACUCUAAAAUACACACGGACUACUGUAAUUACAUUAACGUUUUAUUCUAUUUACGAUGUUAUUUUAACUGUACAUUAACGUUUCUGCAGACUUGUUCGUAAAAACAGAAAUAAUUUUCACAAAAGUUAGCCUAUCUUUAUUUAAAACAAAACUACAAAGCUUUAUGUUGCUCUAUCCAGUUUUUAUUAUUUGUAAUAAAAAAAGAAGCAGGUUUUCCAGUACUCUUAAAACCUCCUUCGCACUUUCCCGCUGGGUACAUGCGGUUGGCACACACACAUGCGUAUCGUUUUCUUAAUUUUAAGAUAACGGGAUUACAAAAGCUAGUCCUUGUGGGACCUAGCAAUUGUAAAAGAGAGAGAGAGAGAUAUGUAUUAACACACAUAAUUUACAAUGCUGUUUUUUUUUUGCAUUUAAGAAGUGUAAUUGAUACAAAAAAAAAAAUGGUUUCAGUCCUGCUGUAAGGCUAAUAUAUAGAAAACUGCUUUCCGCUAAGGAUUGCAUAAUACUAAUAUAAGUAGGAUUCAGGGUCCUUAAGGUAAAUAGGAAAUUAAAUGUCCGCUCCAAAAUAAUUCAAGGGAACAAACAAACAAACUUCUUGGUAAGUAUGUAUGUAGGUCAUUCUUCUUUUUCCCAAAUCCCAAAUUUUUUAAAGUCGUGUUCUAUUUUUUUUUUUGGGGUUCUUUUAUAUAAAAUGGACACGUGGGUGUGCAAUGGCUGCAUAUGUUGCAUUCUUUGAAAGAGCUUUCCUACAUAUUGUAAAGGCAGCCCUAUUUCAUCUUUUUAUAUUUACUUCGCUCAUAAACAUUUCUUGCACACUUGGCAGGCUUCAAACAUGCAUCCCGUUUUCUUAAAAAAUAGAAAAUAGUUUUCAUUAAUCACAUCACAAAGACCCUUGAUGAUUAUUUAAU